AUGGACCCCUCGCAAAACGAGGGCGCGCCUGAUGGCCAACGCCCCAGCGAGGCCUCGGAUGCCACGUCGCCUACGGAUACCCGCUUCCCGAACCCGCAGUCUGAGCCCUCGGCUCGCCGCGAUCCCGAAGGCCUCUCCGAGAGCUACCAGUCCACCGACACGGUGCGACGGCGGCCCGAGGCUACCGGCUAUGGUGAGCACCCUUCUUGGGUCGCUGCCCUCUUCGCCACGCCCAGUCGCAUAACUGACUCCUUCAUUGCCUCUCCAGGAUCCAUACAGUCGUCGGCCACGGCCAGCGCAACGCGAAGUCCUGCCGACUCGUCACAGCAACGAACGUUUGCAUCACCGCAAGUCCGUCCCGGCGCGCCCUCGUCGGGCGAUCGCGUCAAAUCCUUGACGCGACUGCGAAAGCCGCAGCUGAAUCGACGCACCUCGUCCAACACGCCGCACCGCGGCGAAGUUUUCUCCGCCGACGACGAUACGCACGAAGUACAGGCCGAUGCCGCGGUAAAUCGUUCUAGGCGCCGGCCGCCGCCGCCUCCAAGCAGCUUGCCCCGCCUGCAGUCGUAUCGCGGCGAUAAUGAAGAGGACGAAGCCGAACCACGAGGCGUCCCGGCCGCGACUGCCGAAGAAGACGAGGAAGACGAGCCCCGAGACCACGAUGAAGAGCUCCCCCUAGAGGAGCACGUUGACUGCGACUCGGAUGGCGACAUUAGCGAGGCCGAGAGCUUCACGCUAAAAGACAGACAGCAGGCAAUUAACCAGACGCACCCUUUCGGUAUCCGAGUCUGGAAGCCCGCCCUGUACAAGAAGGAUCGAUCGAUUCAAAAAUUCGCGCAGGCAGAUAUCCACUCGACGCCUGGCGGCCACGUCAGCAGUUGGUUGCUUCUGUUCAACCUGCUUUGGACGUUAUGCUUUGGCUGGUGGAUGGCCUGUCUUGCGGCGUUUGGCGCCAUCUUCUGCCUUUUGUUUGCGGCCGCUCCGAGCGGCAGGGAGUAUGGCAGGGUUCUAUGGGGAUUGGCUGGCUACCUCUUCUAUCCCUUUGGCAAGUUUGUUCGGCUCGAGAAGGACGAAGCCUACAUCGACGAAGAUGGCGAUGAGGGUCGCAGCAUUUCCGAGUACGAGCAGUGGCAAAGCGGCGACCUCGAAGUCGGACGGCUCUUUUUUGGGCCCCCAGACCGCAACCGAUCAAUCGUUGGUCGCUCCAGACGCAGCAUCGAUUCAGACCCCAGCGAGACCGACAGCCUCUUGGGGCGCGGACGACGCGGCGAGUCUGGCGACGGCCAUCCCAGGAUGAAGCGAAGACUGUUCGGCCGUGGCGAGUGGAACAUCGGCCGAGUCAUCUUCUUCACCUUUUUCUACUGCCUCAUUUCGCCGUUGCUGAUCGCCAUCUCGGCCAUCUGCUGGUUCCUGGUAUUCACCAUUCCCAUGGGAAAGGUUACAAUUCUCUUGUUCGAUCACCUCCGGCGGCAUCCGCUGGCGCUAUCCUUCGAGUCUCACGUCAAAUACACGCGCGACAAUGACGCCCCGGACUCAUCGAUCUUGCUCUGCACUUAUCGUGCGGUGGGCUCCAAGUACUGGAAGUACACCAUCGACGGCACGAACAUCUUCCUCAUUAACCUCAUGGCCGUGGUCAUGUUCGUCAUCUUCGACUGGCUCGUGCUGGACCGGGUGCUUCACCUGGACAACCUGAUAACCUCUCCGGCGUUUCUCUUCACAGCCGGACUGCUGUCCAUCAUUCCCCUGGCAUACUUCAUUGGCCAGGCAGUGGCGUCCAUCUCGGCUCAGUCUUCUAUGGGUCUCGGCGCCGCCAUCAAUGCCUUCUUCGCCACCGUGGUCGAGGUCUUCCUCUACUGCGUCGCUCUCAGCCAAGGAAAGGGUCAGCUCGUCGAGGGCAGCAUUGUCGGCAGCAUCUUUGCCGGUAUCCUAUUCCUGCCCGGCAUCUCGAUGUGUUUCGGUGCCAUUAAGAGGAAGACGCAGCGCUUUAACGCUAGAUCGGCAGGUGUGACGUCCACGAUGCUCCUCUUUGCCACGGUUGGCGCAUUUGGCCCGACCUUGUUCUACCAAAUCUACGGCACCCACGAGCUCAACUGCCUCGACUGCGAAGACGGCCCCGGCGGAUCCAAUAGCCACGGAGACGCACGUGACUGCCGCCGCUGCUACUUUUCCCAGACGCCGGCUCUCGAUGACCGCUUCUACCUCGAAGCAGUCCGGCCCUAUUGCUACCUCGCCGCCUUCAUGCUGUUCUUCGCGUACCUCAUCGGUCUCUGGUUCACCCUCAGAACGCAUGCCGCCGUCAUCUGGAACGCUGAGAUUGAGGAGAAGAAGCACGAGGAGCAGCUACACGCGUCGCUGCUGAGAGCCUCGCAACCAUCGGCCGCAGAGACGACGGGCACGGAUAUCCGCGAUUCUCACCUAUACAAACGCAUCUUGGGCCAGUCCCUGAAGCAGGUUGGACUGCAGCCAAACAAUGACGACGCCUCACGGCAAGGGUCGAUUGCGAACCAGGACGCCGCCCCGAAUGGCAUGUCCUCGACUCCGCAUGUCGUCCCCCCCAAGUCAAGCGAAUCGGUGCGUCCGGGCAUCCAUGUGCCCGGCUUGAGCCAUGCCGACAACACUGUACUCGCACGAGAAGUGGCAGAAAUUGCCGCCGCUGCAGCCACCAUUGCCUCGCGAGACCGAUUGACGGCGGUGCGCAAGAUAUCGGCCGUUGCUGGCUCGGCUGGUGGCACUACCAGGCAGGCGCCUCGUGCGGCGGCGUUCCCGGAUGGAGGUGACCCGGCCGUCAUCGCCGCAGAGACGGCAACGGCUCACGCUGGCGGCCACGGCCAUGAUGCGCCAAAUUGGGGCCGAACCAAGAGCGCCGUCAUCCUCCUCGGGGCGACUAUUCUGUACGCUGUGAUUGCCGAAAUAUUGGUCGACACUGUCGACGUUGUUUUGGAGAGCUUUGCAAUUGACCAAAAGUUUCUCGGUAUUACGUUGUUUGCUCUGGUCCCCAACACGACCGAGUUCCUGAACGCCAUUUCGUUUGCCAUGAACGGCAACAUUGCCCUUUCCAUGGAAAUUGGUUCCGCCUACGCGCUGCAAGUGUGCCUGCUUCAGAUUCCCUGUCUGGUGCUCUUCUCGGCCAUCUACCCAAAUAUCCCCGAAGGCGGCGAGCCGGGCAUGUACACUUUCUCGCUGCUGUUUCCCCAGUGGGACAUGGUGACGGUGAUACUGUGCGUGUUCCUGCUCAGCUACGUGUACGGAGAAGGCAAGAGCAACUACUUCAAGGGCAGCAUCCUGAUGCUUACGUACCUGGUCGUGGUGAUUGGGUACUUUUUCAGCGGCUACACGUCUGACGUGAUGGGCCUGGAGAGGUUUGACGUGAUGGGCAAGGACGGCAACUACCAGACCUACAAGACGAUUGGACGAUCGACGCGCGGGCAGGCAUUCCAAGCCUGA